AUGUUUUGGCGUUUUGGCGUAGCGCCGGUUUCAAACUUAUCCAACCUUUUAGAAAAGGAUGAUGUAUCUCUUGAAGAAAUCCUUGACGAGCAGGACCUUUUGCAAGAAUGCAAAUCUAACAAUAACAAGCUCAUCGAGUACCUCGAGCAGCCGAGCGUGCUGAGACGGCUUUUGGACUACGUGAACGGUGAGGUGGAGCUGGAGGGUGUUCCAGAAAGUGGUAUUGAAGAGAAGGCUGGAUUUAAAUACCCGUACAUGGCGUCAGAGGUGCUGAGCAGCGAGAUACCUGAAAUAUCCACGGCGCUCUUCCUAAAUGCGUCUACAUUGCUUCUUCCAUUUUGGCAAGACUUCCUUUUCCGACGUCCCGCCGUGAGGGACCAGCCUAUUCCCUUGCAUGCACACCCACUCACAUCUGCAACGUACCACACAAAAGAGGACGACUUAAAAAGAGACGACACAUUAGCGUUGUCCUCGUCAUCUGCUCAAAAAUACUCUGCUCGCACACAUGGCCCCGGCCAGUCUGUUCUCGCAGGAUACUGGGCUAAAGUCAAUGUAAUCUUUCUUGAAAAAAACCCACGUGCAAUGCUGGAACUCAUAAAAACAGUGCCCAGUGCCGUGGAAGGUCUCGUGGCUCAUUUCGAUACGCCUUCCGUCGUGGACCUCUUGUUCCGCAUGAUCCAAUGCGAAGACACAGUUCCUGAUGCGGGGCUUAUUGACUGGCUUUCCCAAAAUGAGCUGAUCCCCCGGGUUGUUGCACUUCUUUCUCCCCACGUAUCCCCGGAUUUGCACAAGGCCGCGUCGGAAUUUCUAAAAGCCAUCUUUUCUCUCUCUGCGCCUUCACCCUCUUCCUUGAAUCAUAUUUUUACGCAAGAAUCGUAUGUGGGACCGGGAGAAAUGCUGUUGGGAUCUGGCGGUGUUAAUAACUUGCUAGUCCGUGAAGUUGCGAGCCAGGACAUUGUGGACAAAAUGAUGUAUUACAUGACGGGCAUUCAGUCUGGCGCGGAGGGCGCAUCACGCAUGUUUCCGAUUGGUGAGUCUGCUGUGGAAGAAGAGGAAGACGAUAUGUUGGAAGUGCGUAUGCGCCGAACCGACCGCAAGCGAAGCUCGGCGUCCUUCCAGAGUACCCGUGAUGGCAUGCACCGGGAUUCCACCGCCACGAUCCGACCAUCGAGCGUACCGCGAGGCCUCACACGUCGGCAUAACGUUUCGCAAGAAGCCAUUGCAUCUUCUUUUAUCAACUGUGCGGGCGUAUUCAUCGAGCUUAUUCGCAAGAAUAACAGCGACUACUUUGAACAACACCUCUUUCAUACGCUCCGCAAUUAUUUGCUUUUGCGACAGCAGGAGAUUUCUAAUCAGCGCCAACGGGAGGGUGGCAGCGAUGCAGGAAACGAUGAUGCGGACUACACGGAGGUUAUGGAGCAGGCCAUGUCGGAAGUGGCUGAGAAAAUGGGUAUUGUACACCUUGGGCCGCUACUGAGAGCAUUGGCAGAAAAAGUGCCCGAGUUUCAAGAGAUGCUGAAGCAUCCGGUCUACGCUGUUGCCAUUCCGACGACUGUCGGCACUAUUCAGCCAUUGACACAGACUCGCUACUGCAUUGCCGAGUUGUACGCAGAGAUGCUCCACUGUUCAAACAUGGCACUCUUGAACCGCGAAGAUGGGUUGGGGCCCCAGUACUCUUGCACAGGCACACUUUUGGACGGCAUGGAAGGACUCCAUACACUUGCACGUGUGUUGCAAGGAGAAGACACGGAUAAUCUUCCGGAUCUCGAGGAAAUCAACAACGGCGUUGUGGCUAUGCACAAUAGCGCCGAUCUUUUUACGACGCAGUUGGACGAUGCACUACCCAUCAACGAGCAAAACAAUCAAGUGCAGGGAAAAAGGUCGCCGAGUGCGCUGAGCAGCGCAUCAUCCGACUCGGACCAUGACGCGAAGAGCAUUGCGAGCGUGCUCUCUGGUCUCUCUCUUGAAGAGCUGACUUCGAAUAUGGGAAGCAGGCCGCCUUCCAUUGCUGGCGACCAAGUUGAUGGCACUGCUGGAGACUAUUUAAAAAAGCAAUUCCUCGACUACGACGUGAUCCCUAUACUCUUAGAGCUUUUUUUGGACCAUCCAUGGAACAACUUUCUGCACAACGUCGUUUACGACAUUGUACAGCAGCUCUUUAACGGCGAUAUGAGCGCCGGCAUCAACAGGAUACUGACCAUUUCUACCUUUCACGAGGCGCGGCUUAUUGACAGCAUUUUGGAAGGCGCGCGCGGCAGCGCCGCCUCGAGCAAAGGCCCGCGGCGCAUUCGCAUGGGCUACAUGGGUCAUCUAAAUCUGAUUGCGGAAGAGGUCCUCAAGCUUUUGGAGCGAUGUCCGAUGGAGGUAAGCAGGAAAGUGGGAAACGCCUUUCGGCAGCCGGAUUGGAAUGAAUUCGUGGACAAUGAGCUGCGUGUUUCGCGCACCUUGGAAGCGACUCCUCUUGCUGGUGGGCGCCCCGAAGACAACGGCAAUGCUUGGUCGAGUGACGCAGACGAUUGGUAUGGCGAUACGAAUGGCAGCAACACAUUUGCACGCUAUCUCUCCGCCCAAAUGCGCAACAGCGUGGCUGGGGAUGACGAGGACGACAACGAAAUGCUCGCACAACUUGGCGAUGCGGAUGCAAUUGCAGAUGGACAAAUGCCGGACGACGAUGGCUGGGGCCCUUUCGCUGAUUCCAACGCCGGUUUUAACAUGGUUUCUGCGGGUGCAUCCAAUACUAGCGCGAAUAUACCAACGACCUCACAAGAGAACCUUACUCCUGCGGAUUGGGCGGCAGAAUUUCGCCGAGAGGCAACCGCCUCUAUUGAAUCCAGCGCAGUAGAGAAUGAUUCCGAUUCGGACUCUACCGGGAGCAGCACGCAUCGUGACGACAAAGAGGGCGCAUCCAGCACGGAUUCGGACGAGAAUGCUGGCGACGAGUCACCGUUUGUGGAUCUUCACAAACCGACAUCGUUGCGCCACUACCCAUCUGCACGUCAUGCAGGAGAUGCUGACGAUGGAAAGAACGGCUCGGAAGCCUGGCCCAACGCCUCCGCCGCAAAGCAUGUACGCACGUUGUCGACCGAGGGCCAAGAUAAGGCGCCUAUUCUCGCCGCGCAGCAGCUCGCGCACGAUGUGGAGCCUACAGAAGAUGGUCUAUUGCGUCGCAAAUUAGCGGACGGUUCUAUUGUCACUGUGCCAUUGGACGACGCUGAGCUCGCCGAGAGCGAGGCAUAG